GUGAGAACCUCGCCCAAAUAGCUGUUCAAGGUUUAUGGUCCUUUCUGUAUUUCACAGUCUUCAUGCAAUCAUGCUGAGACUUGUCACUUGCCUACGACCAUCGCCCAGGACCAGGCAAAAUCUCAUGGAAGGAGGCUGAUGUGGGCUCUUGAUCGAAAAAGACCAUAAGUUGUUCUUUUGAAGAUGUUAAAGGGAGAUAGAUAGAUAGUAGAUAGAUAGUAGAUAGAUAGAUAUAGAUGUAUAUAUAUGAUACAGGUGAUAUUUAUGAUAUUCAUAUUCUAUCUCAAGAACACUAAACUCAAACAUGAUGCCUCCAGCCUAGCAUCAAAAGACUGAUACAACAAAAUGACUUGUGGGCUCCUGGUCUUUAAGAUCAGGUCGAGCUAGCGGCCCUCAUGCAAGCCAGCGUUCCACCGACAGUGCUGGCGACCAUCGACAGCGACGCGUAUGAGGGAGGGGGGUUGGUCGCUCUGCCCGAGUCAAAGUUUGUCAAAACUCCCACUGCGAAGGAAUUGUCCUCCAACAUCAUGUGGCUAAAGCCUUUGGUGACCUACUCGCCCACGAAGGUCUUGAGCGCAUAUUUUCUCACCGAUGUAUGGCUUGAGCUGGACAAGAACUUGAAUCGCAAACUAUUUCGUCCACUUCAGGGUGAAUCGCGGAUGAAGCUAGCUGCUUAUGAAGGCUGCAAAGCAAAGAAGUGCAUGGGCGCACUGCGUAGCCUAUGGAGGAGUUCCAAGACUGACUGGCGGACAUGA